AUCAAACUUUCUUGGGUUGACGUGACUCUUGCGGGUUAACGAAAGCUCGUCGAACAAGUUAGAAGCAGACCUGUGGGGGAACCGGUCCUCCUUGAACCUCAUGCACACAUUUACCUUAUCAUUUUUACUGUUAGCACAUUGAUAACCUAAAUCGGCGGCGGAGCUUGGGCCCUCCUUGGGCGGGAGCGGGACAACCAUGGGGCGCGAUAAAUCGCGUUCACCCUCGCGAAAGCACAAGGACAAGGAGAAGAAGGAAAAGAAGGAGAAGAAGGAACGGAAAGACCACGACCGUGACUACGAUCGGGGCCACCGGGAGCGCUCGGCGGACCGCUAUGAACGUCGUGACAGGCCUCGUGACGACUACGGAGGGCCGCCCCGCGACAGGGACCGCUACCGCGACCACGGCCCGCCUCCGCCUGGCGACUACCGCGGAGGCGGGAUUGACUUGCGGGGGCCGCCCGCCGACCGGGACUAUGACCGGGACCGGGAGAGGGGCGACCGGGAUCGCGAACGUGACCGCAGUGACAGGGAUCGGGACCGCCACCGGGAGUCGGAGCGGAACGACCGCGGCGCCGGCGAGCGGCGCGGCCGCGGCGACGACGGUGAUGAUGGCGGAGAGCCGUCGUCGAAGCGGCGGCGGGAGGGCAGCGCGGCGCCGGGAGGCGCCGGCGCUGCGUCGGCGCCAGGCGGGCUGACGGGGGCGGCGGCGGCGGCGCUGGGCAUGACGGCUGAGGCGGUGGCGGUGGCGGCGCGGCCGGGGCUCACAGCCGAGGAGGCGGCGCAGCAGCGGCGUGACGCUGAGGCGGCGGUGCUGGAGCAGCAGGCGGAGCGGCGGCGCAAGGCGGUGGAGGAGUGGCGCAAGAAGCGGCUGGCGGACCAGGGCAUCGUGGAGCCCGAGGCCCAGCCGGAGGUGAAGGAGGAGCCGGUGGCGGGCGAGGCGCCCGGCGCAGCCGCCACCACCAGCAACGGCGGAGAGGGCGCAGCCGCGGCCGCCAGCAACGGCGACGCAACCGGCGGGGGCGGGCCGGAGGCUCAGCCCGGCGAGGAGGGCGGCGAGGCCGGCGCGGGGGCUUCCAAGCAGAAGCAGAAGGGCUGGUCGCUGGAGGAUGAUGAUGAGGACAGCGAUGACGGAGGCGGCGGCGGCGACCCAGAUGAGGAGAUGCCUGAUGCGGACGGCGACGGGGACGGUGACGCAUUGCGGCCGCCGCCCAUGCUAGGCAUGAAGAAGGAGCAGGAAGACGACGACGAUGAUGAUCCGCUGGAUGCAUUCAUGGGCGGCCUGGGGGCGGGUGGGGCUGGCAAGGGCCCGCGGCCCGUGGCAGGGCCCCGCCCCACGCCCGGAAAGCCCCUGCUAGGCGGCAAGUUCGGCGCGCCGGUGGGGCUCGGCGCCAAGAAGGGCUUUGUGUUUGCCACGCCUGGGGCAGCGGCGGCGUCGGGAUCGGCGGCGGCAGGAGCGGGCGCGGCAGCACCUGCGGCGGCAGCGGCGAAGCCCGAGCCCCAGCCCGCGGCUGAGGCCGCAGGGGCUGGGGAGGGCGGCGCGGCGGCGGCAGCACCCGCCGCUGCCGCGGCAGCAAAGCCGCGGCGGAAGUGGGCGCCGGUCGAGCCAGUGGCCAAAGCCGAGAACGGCGGCGGCGGCGACGACGACGAGGUGGACCCGCUGGACGCCUUCAUGGCGGCGGAGGUGCUGCCGGAGGUGCACAAGCUGGCGGUGCAGGCGGCGCAGGCGGUGGAGGACGCGGCGGUGGCGGCGGCGGCGGCGGCGCGGGAGCCGUCGCCGGCGCCGGGCAGCGACGACAUGGACGUGGACGGCGACGCAGCGGCGCAGGUCAAGCCGGACCCCGACCUCCCAGGUCCCAGCAGUCGCCUCUCGCCGCCGCCCGUGGCGGGCCCCUCCGCCCGCGUCAACGGCAACGUGGGCCCGGGCGCGGGGCCGCUGGGCGCGGCCGGGCGCGGCGGCUCGGCGGCUCGACGCAAGCCGCGCGCUGCGUUCAAGCGGCGUGCGGGCAGCAGCGACGAGUCCAGCAGCGACGGCAGCGACGAGGACAAGGACUCGGACGACAUGGAUGACGCGGAGUGGGCUCGGCUGGUGACUGCGGGCAAGCUGAGCAAGGGCGACAAGCUGGUGGCGGUGGACCACUCCACCAUCGACUACCCGCCCUUCCGCAAGAACUUCUACAUCGAGGUCACGGAGCUCACGCGGCUGUCGCCCGAGGAGCUGGCCGAGCUGCGGGCGGAGCUGGACGGCAUCAAGGUGCGCGGCAAGAACAUUCCGGCGCCGGUGCGCUCCUGGACGCAGGCGGGGCUGUCCUCGCGCAUCCUGGAGGUGCUCAAGAAGCGGGGCUUCGAUCGGCCACUGCCCAUCCAGGCGCAAGCGCUGCCCAUCAUCAUGAGCGGCCGCGAUUGCAUCGGCAUCGCCAAGACCGGCAGCGGCAAGACGGGCGCCUUCGUGUUGCCCAUGAUGCGUCACAUCAAGGACCAGCGGCCACUGGAGCAGGGCGACGGGCCGGUGGCGCUGGUGAUUGCGCCCACACGCGAGCUCGUGGCGCAGAUCGCCAAGGAGGCCAAGGCCUUCGCCAAGCCGCUGGGGCUCAACGCGCUGGCAGUGUUCGGCGGCUCGGGCGUGGCCAACCAGAUCACGGAGCUGAAGCGCGGCGUGGAGAUCGUGGCCUGCACGCCCGGCCGCAUGAUCGAUCUGUUGGUCACCUCCAACGGCAAGAUCACCAACCUGCGCCGCGUGACCUACCUGGUGAUGGACGAGGCGGACCGCAUGUUUGACAUGGGCUUCGAGCCGCAGAUCAGCCGCAUCAUCCAGAACAUCCGGCCCGACCGCCAGACGGUCAUGUUCAGCGCGACCUUCCCGCGGGCCGUGGAGGCGCUGGCCAGGAAGGUGCUGCAAGACCCCGUGGAGAUCCAGGUGGGCGGCCGCAGUGUGGUGAACGACAGCAUCACGCAGUGGGUGGAGCUGCGGCCGGAGAAGGAGCGCUUCCACCGCCUGCUGGAGAUCCUGGGCGAGUGGUACGAGCGAGGCAAGCUGCUCAUAUUCGUGGACAAGCAGGAGAGCUGCGACAACCUGUUCCGCGACCUGCUGCGCUACGGCUACCCCUGCCUGUCGCUGCACGGCGGCAAGGACCAGUCCGAUCGCGAGUCCACCAUCGCCGACUUCAAGGGAGCCGUGUGCAACAUCCUGGUCGCCACAUCCAUCGCGGCUCGCGGGCUUGACGUCAAGGAUCUGGUGCUGGUGGUGAACUACGAUGUGCCCAACCACCACGAGGACUAUGUGCACAGAGUGGGCCGCACCGGGCGCGCAGGCGCCAAGGGAACCGCCAUCACCUUCAUCUCGGAGGAGGAGGAGCGCUACGCACCGGACCUGGUCAAGGCGCUGCGGGAGAGCGGCGCACCCGUGCCACAGGACCUGCAGGCGUUGGCAGACUCGUUCAACACCAAGCACAAGGCCGGCCUGGUCAAGGCCCACGGCAGCGGGUACGGCGGCAGCGGCUUCAAGUUUGACACCAACGAGGAGGAGCGGCACCGCACUGACAAGAAGGCAAAGGCAAAGGCCAUGGGCCUGGAGGUGGAGGGCGAGGACGAGGCGGAGGAGGCGGCACUGGACGCGGCAGUGGCGUCGCUGGACGCGGACGACAUCCGGCCCAAGUCCGCGGCGAAUGCCAACACGGGCUCGGCCGCCGCACCGCUCAACCCGGCCGACUCGGUGUCCGCAGUGGUGGCGGCGGCGCGCGAGAAGCUGGCGGAAGCUGCCAAGGCCGGCCUCAUCCAGGUCCCAGCCGCAGCAGCAGCGGGCGCCAUGGGCCCGCCGGGCGCCGCAGGCGCUGGCGCCGCCGCGCCCGGCGCUGCCGCGGCCGCCGUGGCGGCGGCGGCGGCGGCCGCCGCCGCCGCCAACCCGCUCCUGGCGGCGGCGCAGCAGGUGGCUGCGAAGCUCACCAUGCAGGUCACGGCGGGCCUGCCGCCGUCGGCGACAGGGCCAUCACCACAGCCCAUGUCUACCGCCACGCCGGCGGCGCCGGGCAUGCCUUCCAUCUCCGCGGACGCGUUGGCGCGCGCCGCCGCCAUCGCCGCCAAGUUCGGCGGCACCAUCGCGCUCCCCGGAAUGAGCGCCGGCGGCGGCGGCGCUGGCGGCGCCGCCGGCCGUACGGCUCCGGGCGCGCCCGCCGGCGGCUUUGAGGCGGAGCUGGAGAUCAACGACUUCCCGCAGCACGCGCGCUGGAAGAUCACGCACCGCGAGACCAUGAAUCAGAUCAACGAGCUGACGGGCGCGGCGCUGACAGUGCGCGGCACGUACGUGCAGCCCGGGCGGCCGGUGCCGGAAGGCGAGCGCAAGCUGUUCCUGCUCAUUGAGGGCCCCACGGAGCAGCACGUCAAGAAAGCCAAGGCGGAGAUCAAGAAGAUUCUGGAGGAGACGACCGAGAAGAUCAUGCGGAGAGACGCGCCCGCGGCAGGGCGCUACAGCGUUAUGUGAGACGUCGGCGGCGGCGAGCAAGGGGCGUCAGGGCGGUCACUAGGCGGCUGUAUGAGUCUAGGACGGAGCUGGACUUGACUUCUGUAUGGGGCGUUGGUGGCGUGUGGAAGCGGGUGGCUGCAUGGAAAGCAGCAUGAGCAGGUAUGCGGGCAGGCAGGGUGGUUGAGCGGGGUAGACUGAUGCAUCUCAUGCAUUACGGUAGACAGGGUCCCGGAGGCGGAAGGUAGAGUCCAUGGCGUGCAUUGGGAAGCGCCCAGGGGCAAAAGCCACCAUGCAAUGAAGUCGGGCAGCGGAUGUCAGGGAUCCCUCGGAGUCGGGCGCUGCAGGGACGGCACUGCGCAGGUGGGGACGGACUUCCAAUGCGGCUUGAUGAGAACUACAAAAGCGUACAAAAGCGUGUGGGUGGGGACGUGGGUUGCACUUCUGGAAAGCUCAAUGAUAGCAUCAUGGGCUACAGCAAGCUGCCACGUCCAUUGGUUGAACAUUGUUGCACACAGGACAACAGGCUGGAACAGGUGAGCCGUCCCACUAUA